CCUGUACAAACACGUACAGUAAAAAUCGUAUAAAAGGACCCGAAAAUUGUAAUUUUAUGUCAGUAUUAAAAGUGCUUUAGUAUCGGUAUUGAGCAACCCAUGGACAAACCUGUUAAGACUCUGCUAAAAAGCUCUGACUGAUAUGAACUCGUAAUAACCGAACAAAGCAAGCUGAUUACAGGACGCCGAGCAGUCAUGUCUUUCUCCGUGCCCUUCCUGUUGCUUUCCUGUGCACUAACCCAAGUUUUGGGCCAGUAUGAGCCAACUUGGGAGAGCCUCGACAGCCGCCCUUUGCCCGACUGGUACGACAAAGCCAAAGUUGGGAUUUUCCUCCACUGGGGCGUUUACUCAGUGCCCAGUUUCGGGAGCGAAUGGUUCUGGAAAUUCUGGCAAGAUGAAGAAGAACCGUAUGUGAACUUUAUGCAAGACAACUAUCCGCCCGACUUCACUUAUCAAGAUUUUGCAAAAGAUUUCACCGCCGAAUUCUACGAUCCUGAGCAGUGGGCGGACUUGUUUGCCAAAUCUGGGGCCAAAUAUGUUAUCCUGACCAGUAAACAUCACGAAGGUUACGCCAUGUGGCCUUCGAAAUAUUCGUACAGUUGGAAUGCCAACGACGUGGGGCCCAAUAGAGACCUACUAGGAGAACUUGCCGAUGCAAUUAGGAACAGUACAGACCUACACUUCGGUCUGUACCACUCUCUGUUCGAGUGGUUUCACCCCCUGUAUGACAGCGAUCGGGAUAAUAAUUUCACGACUUCUGAAUUUGUCGACUAUAAAAUUAUUCCAGAAAUGAAAGAAUUGGUCGAAACUUACGAACCGGAAGUUUUAUGGUCGGAUGGAGAUGGAGAGGCUUUGGAUACGUACUGGAAGUCACUGGAGUUUCUGGCUUGGCUUUACAAUGAAAGCCCUGUCAAGGAUUUUGUCGUAACUAACGACAGAUGGGGAAGUAACGUUGGGUGCAAACAUGGGGGUUUCUACACCUGUGCUGAUAGAUACAACCCUGGACAUUUGUUGCCCCACAAGUGGGAAAACUGCAUGACAAUUGACAAAAAAUCUUGGGGUUAUAGAAGAAAUGCCGAUCUCGACGAAUUCCUAACGACACAUGAACUGAUUACCACACUUGCCGAAACCAUUAGUUGUGGAGGGAAUAUUUUAAUAAACGUUGGACCGACAAAAGCCGGAACAAUUAUCCCACUUUUCCAGGAACGUUUACUAGAUCUUGGAACUUGGUUGUCCAUUAACGGUGAUGCAAUUUACGAAAGUAGCGCUUGGAGUGUACAAAACGACUCUUUCACUUCUGGAGUCUGGUACACAGCUAAAGAUCCAGUGGUGUAUGCAAUAGUUUUAAACUGGCCGAUUGAUAAUGUUCUGUACUUGGGCUCGGCAAAGUCUCUCUUUGACAAUGGUAAAACCACUCAAGUUACGAUGCUUGGGAAUGAAAAUGGGGAUCUUGAGGCUGAAGUUGUUGAUACGACUAAUCUGGUAGCUGUGACUUUUCCGGAUAGAGCAAGUGUUGAAAGUGAGUGGGCUUGGGUGCUCAAAAUCACGCCUGGUUCUUAAUAAUUUUUUUAUUGAAAUGUGAUAAUAAAGUUGUAGUGAAUUUG